ACAAAAUAAAAGAAGUGGAACGCGCUAAGCGGAGACUAAUUAGUGCAGAAUGAUGUAGUUGCCGGGGCUGCAUACAGAUAGGCUUUUGACAGGCAAGUUGUGGACAUGUGCAAUGCUAGGAUGCAGGAGCGUCGGGACAGAUAAAUAAAGUCGAAAUAGAUCGAGGCCGCUGUCAAGCGAUGAUCAGGAAUGUAGACGAGACAAUAGAGCAAGAAAUAGAAGAAUCGAGGUUGAAUUGGUGGGUAUCAUGUUGUGCGGGGAGUUGUGAGUUGUGCAUACAGACGCUCGAACGCGCGAAGCUCGGAGGCUCUCAUCAGUCAGGGAAAGAGCAUGCACACAUCAAAACAUCCACAUCCAUCUCGACUCGUCGCGUUUGCAACUGCUUCCAGUCCAUAUUCGCUCCUUUCACUUCUCCUGUGUUCGACUCUACUAUCUCGACUAAUCUUCCAGUCUCCUCUCUCUUGUUACCUCGACAGCGCUGCUAGAAUGUGCCAGUGAGCGCGUCCGAGUCGCGUGCAAAGCCGUCCACAGACAGAGACAGCACCACCAGCAAA